CGAGAUACACAACGAGCACGACCAUCCUCAUCGACAGAUUCCAGGAGGGGAAGGUCAUACUCUCCGAAGAGAUACAACCCAGCGUCGUACGAAGACCGGGAAUGCAGUCCCAAGUGAGAGAACUCGGAAAGAGCAUGGCGACCAUGAAAGAGUACAUCGAGAGGGACCUGGCGAAGAAAGAGGAAAAAACACGCAAGAAAGCUGAGAAGAACGAGGCAGAAAUACGCGAGGCCGAAGAGAGAGAAGCGAAGGCCCGCAAGGCAAGGAAGAAAGCUGAGAAGGCCAGAAGCGAGGAAGAGAGAUUGACAGCAAUGAAGAAGGACAUGGAUAUGCACGUGCGAAUCACGGUGAAAGCAGUGAUGAAGGAAUCUUGCUCAGAAAUCCGCGACGUACUGCUAUCCACUAAGGGGGAGCCGAGUUGGAAAGGAAAGAAAAAGGUUACCUACCAGUCCGAUGAAGGCGAGUUUUCGGAUUACGAGGUCGUGAGUAGCGAUACCGAGGACAUCCGUGUAGGAACUUGGAACCUCUGCAUCAACGAGAAGAGGAAGAGGGGAGUUGAGCCCGUCUUUGAAGAUAGUCCCCGUAUGGAACUCCAGCCGAAGCGUACUAAGAGAAGAACUCCACGGCGAGUGACCGCGAAACCGCCAACGUUUACACCAAGAGUGACCAGGUCCAAGACGAAGACGAAGAAGAAGGUAGCUAUCUCACCGAAUACAAAGGAACGCUUCGUGGCGGCCAUCAAGAGGAAUACUCCAGCUAAGAUUGGCAUCCUGAAACGCUACAUGUUCCAGGAACAUUGCAUGAAGCAGCUGAAGGACUUAGACGCGAUUACGUUGCAGAAUAUAUGCAACGAGGAGGGGAUUCCGUAUGGUGGGAAGAUCGAUGCUAUGUUCGAUCUUGCAGAGCACCGUACCUACAAGGAGUACGGCACCGACGAGGAAGAUGAGGCUCGUGAUGAGGAAGCAAAGGAGCCGGAAGAGGAGGGUGUUGGAGAAGUCAUCGACGAAGAAGUUGAAGAUGACCAGUGAUAUGCCCUUGAUAUUACCGAG